AUGAACUAUGACUCACGGCCAAAUAACCCUAUAGAAGACGACCUGGAACGGCUACAUAACCACGAGUUUGAGGACAUGGCAGAUGAUCGAGUAUCUAUAUCAAGGGAAGGCUGUGCAGCCCUGGCCAUCGUCACCGAAAGAACCCGACACAAUGGAAUCCAGUUCGAAGUACCGUUACCCUGGCAAACCGGAUCACAUCGACUGCCCGAUAAUAGAGAGGUAGCCCUCCAUAGGCUCAGCUAUCUGAAAGAACUAUUGAGAAGAGAUACAGAGUUGCAGGAAGCGUACUAUAAUGCCAUGAAACGAAAUUUGGAGUUGGGCUAUAUGAGACACAUUGUUAGAGAAGCUGAUAAUGAAGAACCACCAUGGUACCUUCCGCACUACCCAGUUAUGAACCCUAAGAAACCUCAGAGGACCAGGGUUGGGUUUGAUUGUGCUGCCAUAUGUACCGGGGUUGCCCUAGAAGACUAA